AUGAACAGGACUUACCCGCAGAGUGUUGAUACGGCUUCAUUGGGUUCAGCAAAAUCACAUCUCACUGAUAAGAAAGGUACUACUCAUGACCAACCAGACUGCUGUAGAAGGUGUUUUGCAUGGAUCCCUUGCACUCGACGAUGCAUCUGUGUAUCUGCCAUUAGUCUUAUUAUAUUUGGUAUAAUCAUUGCUAUCAUCGCAUUGGUUGUGACACUUGGCAUUCCUCCUCCUACCCCAGUUAUUCGUUUAUGUGUGACUACCAGUAAUCAGACAGGCUUUUUAUGUGAUAACAGAGAGACCUGCAUUCCAGCCAGCGAAGUUUGUGACACAAGAAAAAAUUGUGCAAAUGGGGAAGAUGAACUAAAGGCAUUAUGUAGUGAUUUGCCAAAAAAUCUUCCUGGACACUUGAUAUUUUAUUGCAGCAAUCACAGGUUUUGGAUCUACGCAGACAGAAGAUGUGAUGGGUUUAACGACUGUGGAGAUUGUUCUGAUGAAAUAGGCCCACGAGCCAGCUGUCCUCCUUGUGGAUCUAAGUCAUGGAGUUGUACCAUGGUAGUCUUCCAUGAUUAUUGUACUUGCAUCCCUAGAAGUCUUUGCCGAGAUGGAAUACAACACUGCUCUGACUGGUCUGAUGAAUACUUGUGUACAAGAUAAGCAGAUAAAGACACUGGAGAAGAUAAAAAGAGCAAUUCGUUGAGAACCAUGCUGUUGUGGAAUUGCAAAUAACUUUAAAGGGACUUCACAAAAAAUGUUUUAUGCGGUGUGGAUAUGCUCAUCUAUCAGUUGUUGCUGCUCUUCAUAGCAUUUGCCCUGCUUGGUUGCAGGGUCCAC